CUCCCGGGCACCCGCCUGGCUUUGUUCCCGCGCGGUGGGACGGCACUAGUGACGGGCGGUGGGUUCCCGGGCGCCCGGAGUCCCGCGGCGCCGGCCUUUCUGGCUGCGGGGGUCUCUGGGGCCGUUUGGUGGCUGCAGGACGCGCCCUCCGGGAAGGGGGCGCUCUGCGUGGCCAGUCGCCUUUAGGCGGGGCCCGUCCGCGCGGCUAGGGACCCGGCGAGCCGCUGCUGCAGCCCCCGCCAUCUGCUCGGGCCCCGGCUGCUGGGGGACCUCGCGCCUCCCCCGAGGGAGAGAGACCGCCUGGUGUCCCGCCGACCCCAGGGCCUCCUCCGAAGAACGGGAGCCGGUCCGGAACCCAUCGCGGUCUUCGAUCUCAGUGCCUGGGAAGCAUUCAGAGGCAGAUUGCUGCCGCCGCCGCUGCUGCUGCUUUUGCAAAAAAUGGAGACAAAGCCUGAGCGCGCCGCUAUUGCAUCCAAGUAUGAUCAUCAGGCAGAAGAAGAUCUUCGCAAUUGGAUAGAAGAGGUGACAGGCAUGAGCAUUGGCACCAACUUCCAGCUGGGCUUAAAGGAUGGCAUCAUCCUCUGCGAACUCAUAAACAAACUACAGCCAGGCUCAGUGAAGAAGGUCAAUGAGUCCUCGUUGAACUGGCCUCAGUUGGAGAAUAUUGGAAACUUUAUUAAAGCUAUUCAGGCUUACGGAAUGAAGCCACAUGACAUAUUUGAAGCAAAUGAUCUUUUUGAGAAUGGAAACAUGACCCAGGUUCAGACAACUCUGGUGGCUCUAGCAGGUCUGGCUAAAACAAAAGGAUUUCAUACAACCAUUGACAUUGGAGUUAAGUAUGCAGAAAAACAGACAAGACGUUUUGAUGAAGGAAAAUUAAAAGCUGGCCAAAGUGUAAUUGGUCUGCAGAUGGGAACCAACAAAUGUGCCAGCCAGGCAGGUAUGACAGCUUAUGGGACGAGGAGGCAUCUUUAUGAUCCCAAAAUGCAAACUGAUAAACCUUUUGACCAGACCACAAUUAGUCUGCAGAUGGGCACUAACAAAGGAGCCAGCCAGGCAGGGAUGUUAGCACCAGGAACCAGAAGAGAUAUCUACGAUCAGAAGCUAACAUUACAGCCAGUGGACAACUCGACAAUUUCUCUACAGAUGGGUACCAACAAAGUUGCUUCCCAGAAAGGAAUGAGUGUGUAUGGGCUUGGGCGGCAAGUAUAUGAUCCCAAAUACUGUGCUGCUCCUACAGAACCUGUCAUUCACAACGGAAGCCAAGGAACAGGAACAAAUGGUUCGGAAAUCAGUGAUAGUGAUUAUCAGGCAGAAUACCCUGAUGAGUAUCAUGGCGAGUACCAGGAUGACUACCCCAGAGAUUACCCAUAUAGCGACCAAGGCAUUGAUUAUUAGAUCCACACAGGAGGAGCUCAGUAUUUAGUCCAUUGUUUUUAUUCAGUGAGAACCAAGCUAGCCUUGAGUAAUUUUUAUCUUGUCUUCCUAAAACACUAUCAAGCUUAUUGUACUUUUAAGAAAAAUUGCCUUACAUACAUUCCUUUUUCCUUUUUCUGCCUCUUCCCUCAAUAGUUGCCUUUUAGUGCUGUACUAGAUAAAUCCUACAGCAUAACCAAUAACUUGCAUAUGAAGUAAAAAGGAAUACUGUGAAAGGGGAAUACUCUUGUACAGCCAGUUCUUUUAUGCAAAAAUCUAUGCAUUUUUACAAUCUUACAUUAAAUUGGUAUUUUCAAACAAUAGGAAAUUAUUUUUUUUUUACAGUUUAGUGUAUCUGGUUUCUACAUGGAAGACUAAACUCAUGCUUAUUGCUAAAUAUGGUCUUUGCCAACUAAAUCUAAGAUGCAGCAUUUUAGAAAAUUACAUAUCAAUGUUUCUACAGUAUUGUUUGCUAAUUUUUAAAUAAAGUCAUGAUCAGUGUGCAUUUGUGAUGAUAUGUGUACUCAUUCUCUUACCUAGCGGACAAGAUCUUUACAGAGUGGUGUUUCUAAAGGAGCAUGUACAAAAAUGGCCUGUAGACACUUAGGUCUGGGCGGUGCAUUUGCCCUUCCUGUUUGUGCCAAUGUAUCAAUGUAGAGUUGCUCUGUUUUCUUCAACUGUAUUUAUUGCUGCAUUUCUCAGCAAAACUUAUCCCAUUGUAUUUUUUAUAAAUAAAUAUUUUUUUUUUGAACAUUUA